GCAUGGGCCGGGCGGCUGCUCCGGUGAGCAUUAUAAGCACCAACUCCGGGGCAGCCCCGUCUGUGAAAGAGAAAUUCUCUACAGUCGAAAGCGCCCGCUGCAGCGGAAGUGGAAGCGUGGGACCUCGGAGAGAUCGUGUCAGGAUUCGGAUGCCAAAGUCGAAAUCUUGUGCGCUCGAGCUGAGAUUCCGUCGUGACAGUCGAGCGUGGCAUUUGGCCCAGGCGAGCAGAAACAAACAGCGAGCGAAAGUUCUAGACAGCAAGGAUUUACGGGAGGGUGAUUCGAUAGGAUUCGGCUGGCCUGGCGUGCUGGUGGACUGGGUGCAUGCUUGGCAGAGUAGCAGAACACACAUUCUGGUUUGCUUGCGGACAGACGGCGUGAGUAUAAUCGACAGAGAGUGCAUGGGUAGAGGAGGUACAGAAGCGGGACAUCGAUACAUCUUUCUACAAUGGGAAUGGAGUAUAGACAUUUGGGACAGACGGGAUUGAAAGUAAGCGUGCUUUCAUAUGGAGCUUGGGUCACUUUUGGAAAUCAGCUCGAUGUGAAAGAUGCCAAGGGAUUGCUUUCUUGCUGUCGAGAUGCUGGUGUGAACUUCUUUGACAACGCGGAAGUUUAUGCUAAUGGAAAGGCCGAAGAAAUUAUGGGACAUGCAAUUAGAGAACUUGGGUGGAAGAGAUCAGAUCUCGUUAUAUCCACCAAGCUCUUCUGGGGCGGACAGGGGCCGAACGAUAAGGGUCUCUCUCGGAAGCACAUUGUGGAAGGACUGAAAGCUUCGCUGAAGAGACUAGACAUGGAUUAUGUGGAUCUUAUUUACGCUCAUCGGCCAGACACAAGCACACCCAUUGAGGAGACUGUGAGGGCUAUGAAUUGGGUGAUCGAUCAUGGGUAUGCGUUCUACUGGGGUACCAGCGAAUGGACUGCUCAGCAGAUUACCGAAGCUUGGGAUGUUGCCCACCGACUCGACCUUAUUGGUCCUGCUAUGGAGCAACCAGAGUAUAAUCUUCUGGCUCGUGAGAAGGUGGAGUCAGAGUAUCUCCCAUUGUACAAGCGGUAUGGAUUGGGUUUGACUACCUGGAGUCCUCUGGCCUCUGGGGUGUUUUCUGGGAAAUAUGGCAGGAACAACAUUCCUCCAAACAGUAGAUUUGCUUUGGAUAACUACAAGAACUUGGCUCAAAGAUCAUUAAUUGACGAAGUUUUGAACAAAGUAGAUGGACUGAAACCUAUUGCAAAAGAACUUGGUGUACCUCUUGCCCAGUUGGCAAUUGCGUGGUGUGCUUCCAACCCUAGAGUUAGCUCAGUUAUCACAGGAGCGACCAAAGAAGCGCAGGUUCUCGAAAACAUGAAGUCACUGGAGUUGUUGCCCAAGCUGACACCCGCGAUUCUUGAUAAAAUUGAGGCUGUUGUGCAAAGCAAACCCAAGAUUGUCGAUCAGUAUCGGUGAACGCUAUCCACGUGAGAAGGAAGACAAGCGGUAGACGUCCUUCGCUGUCGACACCUUGGAAGAUGGAGAUCCAUUAAGCUCAUUGUUGGCUGCAGUCGUCCGUCAAGUUAAAGAAAGUGUCUUCAGACUUAGCGACUCAUUAGAUUUGAAAUUGCAUUUACCACGGGGUCCUUAAAACAUUCUUUACAACCUCUUGUGGACGAAGAACUUUCACGAAUAGCUUCAAAGUAUGUUGGGAACAUCAUCUGAACCUGUCGAGCAAGAUCAUUUACGAAAGUUGUUCCAACAGACAUUGUUUCAGUAGCCAGAUGGUGAGAGGUUGCCUUCUGAUGCGACUGCGAUGUUAAACGGAGAGAGACGCAAGGACACUUCGAGCCUUGUACCGAAUGUUGGCAAAAGUCAUGAUAAAACUUUAUAUAUACAGGAAAACGUAAUGAUGACAAUCUUUUAUCCUUAAAGCUUGGACUGAGGAUGUUCAUUACAUGUUCAGUGGUAAGGAUAUUGGAAGUGAUCGGUGUCAGUUGUUUGCAUUCUUUCUGUUCUUUUGAAACGGAAAGCCAAAAGACUCCCAGGUCCUGACAUGUAAUAGAAAGAAGUCAAAAUUAGAAUCGC